AUGGUUACUAUAACCUUUAAAGACUUCAAGAAGGAGAAGAUUCCGCUGGAUUUAGAGCUUUCCAGUACGGUUCUGGAGGCUAAGACGCAGUUGUGUCAAAAGAAGGAUUGUGAAGAGUCCCAAAUCAAGUUGAUCUACUCUGGUAAGGUACUACAGGAUGCCAAAUCAUUACAAGAGUCUGGGUUGAAAGAUGGGGACCAGGUGAUAUUCAUGAUCUCGAAAAAGAAGUCGACGGCGACAAAAGUGACCGAACCGGAGGCUGCAACGGAGUCUCCUGCAUCGGUAACGCAAUCUCCUGCACCACAAGAAUCAUCUUCUGAGCCGCCAGCGGCUCAGACGCAGACACAAGUCUCGCAAGCGAGCGAUCCGGGUUUCGUCGUUGGAGCGCAGCGUAACGAAGCUGUAGAGAGGAUUAUGGAGAUGGGUUACGAGAGAGAACAGGUAGACCGUGCGCUUCGGGCAGCUUUCAACAAUCCAGACAGGGCAGUCGAGUACUUGCUGAUGGGUAUCCCGGAAAACUUGCAGCAAUCGCAGAGCCAACAACAGACAGAAGAAACGCAAGAGGUUGUUGAAGGCGGUCAAACACAAAUACAGACUGAGCCAAGCGGUGAAAGCGUGGGUGAGGAUCUGUUCGCCCAGGCUGCCCAACGUGGCGAUAGUGGCGCCGCUGGUGGCGACGGCACCGCCGAAGGUGUGAGCGCUAGUGGUGGUGCUCCAGGCUCGAUAGGACUAACGAUGGAAGAUCUGCUUGCGUUGAGACAGGUGGUGUCGGGAAACCCUGAAGCUCUUGCGCCAUUACUGGAAAACUUGAGCAGUAGGUAUCCACAGCUUCGUGAACAGAUCAUGGCCAAUCCCGAAGUGUUCAUAUCGAUGCUGUUGGAGGCCGUCGGCGAGAACCUGCAGGAUGUGAUGACCGAAGUGGACGAGACGAGAGAACUGGAGGGCGAAGCGGCAGCGGCCGUCUCGCAGUCGGAGGGCCAAGAAGCAAACGUCGAAGUUUCAGAAAGCGACGAGCUAGCCAUCGGUCGCCUUUGUGAGCUCGGUUUCGAAAGAGCCCUUGUGAUGCAGGUGUAUUUCGCAUGCGGCAAGAACGAAGAGAUCGCAGCGAACAUGUUAUUUAAUGAAUUCGGUGACUAG